AGCGGAUGGUUUCUCUUCAUACGUCCGUUGUGGCGAUGGAUGAUAUUUUGGCUGGUAAUUUACAGUAACGCCAGCUGAACCAUGAAAUGUGUUACUCGUCGAGAGUGGGACAGGAAGCAAUCCAGUUUCCUCCCGUUUACAGGAAACACAGUAACUACAAUUGACUGUAAAUUAAAUGUUGUUGUGGGAACGUUAAUUUAGCUAGCUAGUUUAAUGUAAAGAUAACGUUAGUUAGCACUAAUCGAGUUCGCCUCUCGUAGAUUUUUACUUGGGGAUUAUCAUCCGAGUUUGGAGUCGUCUUUUACAAAAAAAAUUGCAAAAGGGUGUUUUAUAAUAAAAGACAAGCACAUGUGGACAAAAAAGUCACCCCCUGGACCGAGCAAACAGCUGGCAUGAUGAUCAUCUUUGGAGCGAGAGCGGUCCUCAACCUGAGGUACACUUUCCAGAGAGCCGGCUCCUUUACCAGAAGCAGACUCGUCCAGAGCCCCAGGGCAUGUUUGGCUAAACGAGGGCAGAUUUUAACCCACAUACCCAAGGUUACAUUACUGUGUUGGGGUGCAGUUAAUGUAUCAUCCUGUGCAGCAAUAUGCCAGGAAGCAAUUCUCCCACGCCAAACAGCUGAUAAAAAGUCUCUAGCUAAAGUCCAAGUCCACAAACUUGUAUUUUUUCUUCGCCUGGGCCUUCGUGCAUUGGUGCUGCUCCUCAAAUUUGCCCCCCUGCUCCUCCUCUUCCCGUUGGCUCUGGUGUCCACUCGCUUGACAUCUUGCUGGCUGGAUGCUCUGCUGUGGGUUACUGAAACAUCUGGGCCCACUUUCAUCAAGCUGGGCCAGUGGGCCAGCACCAGGCGGGACAUGUUCCCUCAGGAGUUUUGUGAGCGCUUCUCCAAGCUUCACGUGAAGGUGCGCCCUCACCCCUGGGCCCACACCAAGCAGUGUCUCCGGAGGGCUUUCGGAGAGGCCUGGCGAAGUGUUUUAGUGUUUGAGAGCAAAGAGCCAGUGGGUUCAGGCUGUGUGGCACAGGUGUACAGAGGGUGGGCGAAGGCGGACAAGGUGAAGGACCCAGCCUUCCAGUUGCUGGUGGAGGAGAUGGAGAAAGAAGACCUGCUUGAAGCCUGGGAGAUCCCUGGUCUGGGAGGAGUAGCCAGGUCCGUGUGGCAGCUCUGGAGGGGGAGUAAGGAGGAGGAGUAUGAGGAGAUAAGUCACCCAGAGGGGCAACACGAGGAGAGCACUGCAGAGAAGGAGCAUAUGAUACCCGUGGCUAUCAAGGUGAUCCAUCCAGGCGUAAGGAGGCAGGUGGAAAUCGACCUACUGCUGAUGAAAGCGGGCAGUUGGCUCCUACAAUGCCUGCCCGGACUCAAGUGGCUCAGUCUUUGUGAAAUAGUAGAGGAGUUUGAGAAGCUUAUGACCAAACAGAUUGAUCUCCGUUUUGAGGCCAGGAACAUUGAGCGUUUCCAGGAAAAUUUCCGCAAUGUGGAUUAUGUCAAGUUCCCCACUACCCUUCCACCAUUUGUCACUAGUAGGAUCUUAGUGGAAACUUUUGAAGAGAGUGAGCCCAUAUCCAACUACCUGAGCCCCGAGAUCCCUCAGGAGGUGAAGCAGAGAAUAGCCAGGAUGGGAGUCGAGACCAUGCUUAAGAUGGUUUUUGUGGACAACUUUGUGCACGGGGAUCUCCAUCCCGGGAACAUUCUGGUCCACUGUUGUCAGACUGCUCCUGGUUCCAGUGACAGUGCUGGUACAUCAGGGGAGGCCCCUGGUAAGGCCACCCUCACUGACUUGUGGGACACGGUGGUGGUCAGCUUCAGACCAGACCCGUGUCCUCUUCAGUUGGUGCUGCUGGACGCCGGCAUCGUAGCCCAGCUCAGUGACAACGAUCUUGCCAACUUGAAAGCUGUCUUCACGGCUGUGGUGCUGCAUCAGGGCGAUCGAGUGGCGGAGUUGCUCCUGAAUCAUGCUCGGGCCAAUGAGUGCCAAGACGUGCCACAGUUUAAGAAGGAGAUGGCCCAGCUGGUGGAUCAAGCCCUCAGCAGAACCCUUUCUCUGGGAAAGUUCCAAGUGGGUGAUUUGCUUUCCAGAGUAUUUGGUCUACUCAUCAAACACAAGGUGAAGCUGGAGAGUAAUUUUGCCUCCGUUGUGUUUGCCAUCAUGGUGCUGGAGGGUCUCGGCAGGUCACUUGACCCGAACUUAGACAUCUUGGACUUGAUCAAACCCCUGCUGCUAAAGAACUGCGCCUCAGUGCUCUGACACACACACACACACACACACACACACACACAUACAAAGGUCCAUGUAUACAUAGGUUGAUAAGGUACAUGUGUAUAUAAGAUUCCACUGUAGAACAGGAUCACUGUGUCAUCAAUACAUUUUAGCAUUGCCCUAAAUACCUCAUUUACUUUUACAUUGGUGGUGUAUACAACUUUCAGCACUGUUACUCUUGGAUUUUACCAUCUACUGUCUGGUUUUACCCAGUGAGAUGAUCUUCCUGGCAUGUCUAACUGCGCCUAAUGAACGAGAGCAUGUGCGCUUUACAUGAGGGAUCACUUUGUUAUUGAGUGUGCUAAUGGACUCGGAUACAUUGGCAGACACACAGAUGGCAUCAGAGACCAUUUGUAGUGAUUUACAAUAUAAAAGAAAAUACUGUGAAAAUCUCUAGUUGAUUCUCCAAAGCAUAUGUUUUCUUUUUAAUGAUUAAUAUUGCUCUCAGAUGUGUUUUAUCCCACACAUCUUUUGAUGUAUUUUAGAUAAUAAUGUCAAAUGGGCCAUUUGCUUUAGUGGGAAUUACAAUGUACUGUAACGUUGACCAUGUAAAGCUUUUGGCUAGUUGUACUCACAACUGACACGUCUUUUAACUUUUAAAAUAGUGUGUACACUUGUAUAAAUUAUGCAUAUCAAUAAAAAUGGAAUUUAUGUUAAUUGAUCUUUUUCUUUCCUUUGCCUCUAGUGACCAGUUAUAAGUUUUCUCAUCCUUUAAGUAGUAUACUGAUGUAGCUUCAAAGCAGAAAAUUCACUACAUCAAGUGCACAGGAUCCAUUAAUUUACAAUUUUAUUAAAUCUGUCAAUGAAAAACACAGACAAGAGACGCGAUUGUGUCAAUGUCAUCAGGAAGAACAGUCAGCAUGGCUGAAAGAGUGAGAUCAGGAGGUUUUGGUGCAAAAAAAA